AUGCUCCUUAAAAUUGGGAAAUGCAAGGCAGAUGUGAAGGACAACAGGGGUGAAACUCCACUACACAUCGCCGCCUCCAAGGGCCAUACACCAAUUGUACAGAUGCUGCUUGACACCGGAGAAGUUGACCUUGAAUCGAUAAAUUCCAUGGGCCGAACACCACUUUUUGAAGCUGUGGGUGGAGUGGAGGAAACGAUCCGCAUAUUGCUGGAUCACGGCGCUGACGUCAAUUGGAAGGAUGGCGAGGGCAAGGCAGUACUGUCUAGGGGCGCUCAAUAAGCUGUCGCGCCUUGAGUCAAUUGAAAAGAUUCUUCGCGACGCAGGAGGUGAAGGGAGUAUCGACUAUUACGAGGAAGAGGGUCAUAGACGUGAUGUCUGAAAUAUUUACAUAUCUAGAUAUUCUAUCAGCUAGAAUCGCGUUGAGAAUCGAGAGGGCUGCCCUGCCCUUGUUCGUCGCGAGUCGAAGGGAAUGGCUG